AUUGCUGUGCCGUGCAAUCGCAACUGAAACCCCAAGCUUUGACCACCUCAUAAUUACAGUUCUAGCUCGACGUGGUUCUUAUCGGCGCAUGGAAAAGUUGGAUAACAGGGUAUUUUAUGGGAACCAGAGGUGAUAAGUGGCGUUCCUCAGCAUUCAUAGUGCCUUGCGGCCUGCCUGCGGGCAUUGUGAGCUGGCCAGCAAGCAUGGCGAGUGCAUUUAUACAGGACUGAGAUUUGACAGCUCACUGGCCCUCGCCUAGUCAUCGCGGAAUCGAAUCAGUUUAUGGGUCUCGGCUCCAAUUAGACAAUUUCGCCGAAUACCGAUUAGGUUUUAUCCUUAAAGCCGUAAAGAUAUCGGGGUAGGAGGGACCAUAAAGAUUCGGCCAGUGGUCAGUGGAAAGACCCAAGUCGAGCGAUAACGCCGGUUUAUAUGGAAUCCAUAUAAAAACGCCCAGUUGGGUCAUACAAUUUUCCAUUGCUGGUCAUUAAUUCGUCUGGAUCUGUCUCCGUCCGUCGUCUCUGUGUCUCUAUUGCGUCGAUCAUGCCCUGGACUGGACGUUUGUCUUUAAUUUAUCUGCUUCUGCUGGGCAGUUCCCUUGACGUCACAUUUUCGAAACGAUUGGAUCGUAAAGUGUCGGACAACCGCAUUGUGGGUGGCCACGAGGCCGAGGAGGGAGCGGCCCCUUAUCAGGUGUCCAUACAAACAGUCUGGAAGACGCACAUCUGCGGCGGCGUCAUCCUCGACAAGGAAUGGAUACUCACCGCCGGCCACUGUGCCCUGGACUACGGCAUCAAUGACAUUAGGAUUGUGGUUGGAACCAACAACCGCUCGGAGCCCGGACAGAUGCUCUAUCCGGAUGAGGCGCUGGUGCACUGCCUCUACGACGUGCCGUACAUAUAUAACAAUGAUAUCGGACUAAUCCACGUGAACGAAUCGAUCAUCAUGAAUGAUCGCACUCAGAUGGUGAAGCUCAGCUCCGUGCAGCCUCCAGUGGGGGCCACAGUAACCCUGACUGGUUGGGGUGCUCCGGAGAACAGUUUGCCGACAGUCGAGCGCCUGCAGACCCUCAACCUGACGAUCAUCGAUCACGAGGAGUGCCGCAAGGCCUGGGACUAUCACGAGGGCAUCGACAUCGGACACAUCUGCACCCUAACGAGCGCGGGAGAGGGGGCCUGCUCCGGCGACUCCGGCGGUCCAAUCAUGUGGGAGGGCAAGCUGGUGGGUCUGGUCAACUGGGGACGACCCUGCGGUGUUGGUCUGCCAGACAUGUAUGCCAACACGGUUUACUAUCAGGAUUGGAUCCGUAGGACUCCCAAGGGAUGCAAGAAUCGGGUUAACUAGAAUAAAAACAAAGACAUAGAAAUGUGUUAGAAAUGUGAUAAAAUUUGAUAAAAUUACUUUUGGGAAGGGAAAACCAAAAGGUAAAGGCUAUUCGCUGGUCAUACCUGGUUUUAAACGGGGCAAUCAAUGCUUUUAUGGAUCUGUUUGUACACAAAAUGCUAUCAAGACGUAAGAUAUAAUCGUUUUGCGAUUGUAGAUUAAGCCCUGGCGAGGGCUGAGGAAUUUCAAACA